AUGGCAUGGCGACCGCCUGACGCAUCUACUACCGAUGGGCCUGCACGACCCUCUCUUGGAUCUCAGCAAUCAAGCUCCCUACCCUCUACCCCUUACCAGCGCUCCCGCGGACUCUCCUUUCAUUCGCGAUCUCCCUCUCCGCGCCGUCGAAGUACAUCUCCACACUCCACCCAAUCCGAGACGAAUCCUGCGCCGUCCUAUCGGAGACCGCCCGGGGGUUGCAAGUAUGAGACGGGCAUGGCCUUUUUCCGCCGGAGGAUGCCAUACAGCCUCGGUGGAGACUUGCUGCCGGAGGAGAAGGUCGGGUUGAAGGAACGGCUCGAGCCCGAAGAGGAGGAAAAGCUGAACAGAGAAAUGGGAGAGCUCUAUGACCGAUUACUGCCGUCGGCAGAGAGUGACGAUCGGAGACGGCAACUGGUCCAGAAGUUGGAGAAGCUCUUCAACAAACAAUGGCCGGGCAAUGAUAUCAAGGUCCAUGUAUUUGGGUCGUCAGGCAAUAAGCUCUGCUCCAGUGACUCGGAUGUGGAUAUUUGCAUUACAACACCGUAUAAGGAGCUGGAGCAUGUGUGCUUAUUGGCAGAGGUUUUGGCAAAUCGUGGGUCUUUCCCUGUUUUCUUCUUAGCGUCCAGCCCCAGACUGACAUGUUCUGCACCAGAUGGCAUGGAGCGGGUCGUUUGUGUUUCUCAUGCAAAAGUGCCUAUUGUGAAAAUCUGGGACCCAGAGUUAAAGUUGGCAUGUGACAUGAAUGUCAAUAACACAUUGGCCUUGGAGAAUACACGCAUGAUCCGGACCUAUGUGGACAUUGAUGAGCGGGUACGACCCUUAGCCAUGAUCGUGAAGUAUUGGACAAAGCGGAGGGUCUUAAAUGAUGCAGCUCUCGGUGGCACACUAAGCUCCUACACAUGGAUCUGCUUGAUCAUCAAUUUCCUACAGACAAGGGACCCUCCUAUCUUGCCGAGCCUCCACACACGUCCUCACAAACAGCGGAUAGCACCAAAUGGGGUGCAGGUUUCCUUUGACGACAACCUGGAGUCCCUCGUUGGCUUUGGGCGCAAAAAUAAACAAUCGCUGGCUGAACUGCUCUUUCAGUUUUUCCGCUAUUAUGGCCAUGAGGUCAACUACGAGAAAUAUGUGAUUUCGGUCCGGGAAGGCAAAUUGAUACCCAAGGAGGCGAAAGGCUGGCACCUAUUGCAGAACAACCGGUUGUGUGUCGAGGAGCCGUUCAACACGACCCGAAAUCUGGGGAAUACUGCCGAUGACACUUCGUUUCGCGGUGUCCAUAUGGAACUUCGAAGGGCGUUCAAAGCCGUGGCUGAAGCCGACUUGGAGAAGUGUUGUGAGCAGUAUGUGUUCCCGCCGGAGGAGGAGCGAGUUUGGGAGAAACCACCGCCACAACCACGGCCCGUUCUGGCGCCAACCCCAUCUCAGCCUUCCUCCCGCGGCGGACGAGGAGGUGGCCGUGGUGCGAGACACUCCAACCAGUAUGGACGAGGGGGAAAUAACGCCGGUCGUCGGACAUCCAACGGCGCCAACAGGGCCAACAACAACAAUAACUUCCGUCCCAAUCACCUUGGAUUGACCCCUGAAAUGACUCUUCAGGCGCAGCAGCAGGCACAGUUCCUGCUACAUGAUCAGCUGUAUCAGCAAAUUCAGAUCCUCCAAGCGCAGGAACAAGAGCUCCGCAUGCAGCUUCACAAUCAAUCCCUUCUGACCGGGCGGCCGCCUCCUGUUCUCAUCCGCCAACCCUUGAUCCAAUUUCCGUUUCCUCAACCUCAACCCGAGGUUCAUGCUGACGAGAAUUCUCGAGCUCGAGCUGGCACGGUGAGCCAUCCUCCAUUGACGUCUUCCCUCCGACAACCGGUCUUUUACGGUCCUAGUUACAUCCCGGUCCCCGUAUCCGGCGUGCAGGGAAGCAAUACAAACCCUCCGUCGCCAUCCGCCAGCGCUGCCGUUCCGGACCUUCGCCGGAAUCCUCGUCGGUCCUCGGUCGCAAACGGGUCACCGGGAGGCUCACUCCGCUCACAUUCUCAGCCUGCAAGAUCGGCGCACUCCCCAGUGAUGCAGAGUCUAAAUUCGCUUUAUUCACCACCGCAGCCCAGCGAAAAUUCACAUGGCUCGAGAGAGCGCUUGAUGCCAAGCUCGCCUGGCGCGAAUCCGAGCGAGGGUGGUGAAUCCAGCUUUCUCUCCAGCCAGCAGCUCCCUAGUUUCUCUCCACCCGCCUUGGUUGAUGAACAUCGGCCGUCGGAAUACGUUGGAUACUAUCUUGGUGGUCCUGCCCAGCAACAAGUCUACCACCAGAACCUGAUGGCGAUGUCUCUGCCUGCGACCAUGUCACCGUUCGUUCCAACUGUGCUGGACUAUCGCUCUUCCGGGUUGGCGUUUUCCGAAUCAUAUGGUAUGGUCUCCGAUCACGGGACUGUGCCAAAUACACAGGACGUGUCCCCGUCAACGCCGACUACAACCCGGCCAACGCCUUCUAAAGACCGCGGUCCCUUGAUAGUAGAUGGUUCUGUGCCCCUCCAUGACCAGCGUAACACUUCUCAUGGAGACCGUGCGGGUCACCAUACGCCGAAUGAAGAUGACCUCAGCUGGGAUACUCCUGCCCGAACAUCAGACGGGUUAUCUGCGGAUUCACAAGAACCCGCGAGCUAUGAAUCUAGCCAUCAUUUUUCCGUGCCAAAGCGGAACCAGGAAGGCUAUAGCCAGGCUGUCAGCAAUGAGACGAUGGUUAAUGGGCAGGAAGGAAGGUCCGGAGGUCUUAGUGGCCAACUCCAAAAUUUGCAUUUGUCGGAUGGCAAGAAUGAGUCACCAUCUGCGACAGAAGGGAAGAAGGCCAAGCCGGGGCAGCAGAGCUCUGAACAAUUGCCAGCCAAAGAGACUUCGGAUCACCGUCACUUUAAUUCGCGGGACAAGCACAACACAGCAAACGCGAAUCGGAAUACAGGGUCUGAGGCACCGUCUCCAACCGCGAAACGUCGGGUGAACGGUUUCGAAUCGGAGAAAGUAAAUGGCGUCAACCACAAAGGAAAGAUCAAGGGCGGGCAGGAGGCAAGCCAUUCCUCUGAUCGAAAAGAGUCACAGCCAACUUCGCUACCGCGCAAGCCUGACGGUGUGCCUCCUGCGUCUGGAGGACGGGACUCAGGAACUGCAAAUGCAAAUGCAAAUGGCGGCUGGCAAACCACGAAGAGAAAGCAUAAACGAAACAACAAAUCUACAGCGGAAGCGCACCAUACUAAUGGGGUGGAGCCUCUUCCAGCGGAUGAGUCCUUGAGAAAGGGUGGAUGA